UUUCUUCCCUGUUUUCCUUCAAAUCCACGCGUGAAUCCGAUUUCUCCCGUCCUUCACACUAAACUAUGCAUCCUACUAUUCCAACGGGUCUUUGGCCCAAACCGGCCUCAGCAACCCGCCGUGGAUAACGGGGUCGGGGUCACUGAACUCCUGAACCGGCGUCUCAUGCUUCAGCUACAGCGCCGAGCACAAUCAUUUUAGUCUCGAUUAGCAUCCGUGCCUCAACAUUGUUUACGGACAGGGAAUCGGUUGCAUAGCCAACGGAGACUACUGAGAGCCUCGGUUUAGCCUUGUUGACGUAUCAACCCGCCUGAGCCACUGCAUGUGAGGGUUUCGCUGCUCACAACUGCCCAGCACCCGAUCCGAGCCGACCAAUCUUGCUCCCCGACUUGCACACCCAUUUUCGCUCCUUUGACUCCCAUGCAUGCGCACCAUGCUGAUCCGAGUCGGCACCAACAAGACGCUCAAGGGCCACAAGCUCUUGAUGGUCACUCCCUGGGAACGACCCAACGACUUUAUCGAAAAGCUUUCUGCAAAGUUCCCCGACCUGGAGGUCCGGUUUCAUCAGCUGCCGGAUAUCGACUUUGAGCCCGUGGAUCCGCUGCCGGCGGAAGAAUGGAAGGAUGUCACGCUCGCGUUUACGUUCAAGGCCCUGCCCAAGCCCGACGAGGCGCCCAAGCUGGAGUAUGUCCAGCUCAUGUCGGCGGGGGCCAACCAUGUGCUGCAUGAGCCGGUUUUUAAGGAUACGGAUGUUACGUUUUGCACGGCUAAUGGGGUUCAUGGCCCGCAAAUAUCGGAAUGGAUUAUCAGCACGUAUCUCGCAUUCGAGCACCGAUUUGCCGAGUACCUCGGAUAUCAACAGCAAGGCCGCUGGGACAGGGGCGAGCUGAUGACCAUCGAGGACGCCGCCAGCAAGACAAUCGGCAUCCUCGGCUACGGCAGCAUAGGCCGCCAAACCGCGCGUCUCGCCAAAGCCCUCGGCAUGCGGGUACACGCUUACACCCUGCACCCGCGUCCAACACCUGCCUCACGACGCGACACGUCAUGGUCACCACCCGGUAUGGGCGACCCUGAGGGCGAAUUCCCAAGCGAAUGGUUCUCGGGCGGGUCCACAGCCGACCUGCACCGGUUUCUGUCAUCUGGCCUUGAUUUGCUGGUAGUCGCCACCCCGCUGACGGACCGGACCACUCACCUUUUGGGGAAGGCCGAGUUCGAGGUCCUAGCUCGUGCGGCGAACCGUCCUGAAGGGAAGGGAAGAAAAGGGGGGACGUUUGUCUCGAAUAUUGCGCGCGGUGCGGUGGUGGAUACCGAGGCGCUGAUUGAGGCGUUGAAUGGGGAAUUGAUUAGGGGCGCUGCGAUUGAUGUGACUGAUCCUGAGCCGCUGCCGGAUGGACACCCGCUGUGGAGCGCGAAGAAUGUCAUUGUCACGCCGCAUGUCUCGGGCGCGUCGGUCAGUUAUUAUGACAGGGUGCUGGCGGUGUUGGAGGUUAAUCUGGAGAGGUUGAGCGAGGGCGGGGAGUUGGUGAAUGUGGUUGAUAAGAAGAGCGGGUAUUGAGGUUGGAUGGGUGAAAUGGGUGUUUUGGUUACGGUUUUGGUCAAUGUGGGUUACCUGGCGAAGUAUGAGGUGAUGAAGUACAGUAUCAGUAAGAUCUAGUUGUGGCAGGCAUAUAUAGCAGUACUUGAGUUGAUUCGGUUCUCCA